AGGCGCCUCCCACAACGUUCCACCUCAGUAGGCGGGGCUGAACGACUUCUAAAUGAGGUGUCUCUCACUUUCUUGUUCAUAGGUAAAUCAAUUGAGGAGCUGAGAGUGGUUUACAGGAGGGAAGGAGAUACGCAAUCGUUCUCUGAGUGUUUGUGUUUUUUUGGACUUAUAUAUUGGAGGUUUAUAGGAUUUUUUCAUCGUACAGCAUCUGGGAACCAAGAUUAACUAAAGAUGAAGAAAAUUAGAAUGUUUAAUGGAAUAGUAGUUUUCGUCUGUUUGGCAACGAUAUGGAUCCCUCUUGCCUAUUCGGAUUUAAUUCCCCCUGAAGAUCUGGAUACCUCAGGAGAUGAUUUGGAGUUUUCUGGGUCUGGAGAAGGUCUCGAUGUAGACUCUACCAUUUCAUCUUUGACUCCGCCUUUUACUUAUCCAAAUGUAUCUACAACAUCCAUAUCAUCAACCAUUGUACAAACAGACGAAAAGGAAGUACCCACAGUGCAGACCGAGCUUGCUUCCACUGUAGCAGGUUAUGUACAUAAUUAUGAAAUAACUAACCUGGCAGUAGGGGAAACCAUUUCAUCAUCUGUGUUUCCACUGGAAGAAAAUGAGGGUACCAUUAACAAGAGUAUUGCUUCACCGUCUUCAACCACAGAACAUUUGGAUAGCUCUAAUAUGGAAUCCUCAUCUUUGACUCCUGGUAGCUUACCGGAACAUCCUCGAGAAAAGAACUUUGAAAUGCACACUGAAAGCAUUACUCCAACUGCUGAUGUAACAACAACCUUUAAUUUUGUCAAUGAAGAAACUGACUUGGCAUCCACCCCAGUUGCACCUGAGCUUAGCAAUGCUGCAGGAGGUGCUGAUGAGAUUUUUGUCCAGGAAAUCAUGCCGAAAAUUGAGACAGUACCAGAUGUGAAAUCUGCCUCAGCAGCUACAGAGACUGACCCUCCUCUUUCUGAAUCCGGAGAUAAUGAAAGGAGUCGUAGUUUUCUGGAGAGAAAAGAAGUUCUUGGAGGUGUCAUUGUGGGAGGAAUUAUUGGCUUGCUUUUUGCAGUUGUUCUGGUUGUCCUAAUGGUUUACAGAAUGAAAAAGAAAGAUGAAGGCAGUUAUGCAUUGGAUGAUCCCAAACAUUCUAAUGGAGGUUAUCAAAAACCACACAAGCAAGAGGAGUUUUUGGCCUGAAUAUGUGCAGAAUUUUUUUUUUUUGAGGUUUUCCCCAUCAGUUUAAAAUUCCCAUCUUCUUGAACUGGUGCCUUUUUCUAUGUACAUACAAGGACCUGGGUUUCCAUGACUUUUGGAUUUUCAAAAAAUCUAAAAUACAAAGUAAUGUUUCAUUCACACUAGCCUUUUGUGAUGUUUUUGUACUUUCCAACCCGAAUGUAUCAAUAGUAGAACUUCAUGAGGGGUUUGUAUGGGGUUUAUUUAUUAUUUUUUUACUUUUUGCUCUUCUCCCCUCAGUUGUUCUUUCAUUACUUCUGAGCCAGUCCCUGCACCAUAUUGGGGUUGUGUGGGUUUUUUUCCCCAUUUAAGUGAGAUUUACCCUGAAAUAACUUGGGUUUAUGAAUAUGUCAUUUGUGGAACUACUUCGAUUUGGAUAAUUCAGAGGCUUGAUUGCUGCAUUCCUAUGAUUAGUAUUUAAACAGUGACAUUUUCUGGUUUCGACGUUCAGUAACAUUUGGGGGGGAAAAGAUUUUUUUUCCCAUUACUGAAUUGUUACCUGUGAAAAUAGAAGUAAAGCAUUUGUGAAAGAACAUGGACAUUUUGGGACUUGUGGAAGCAAAUGAAAAACUUGUAGUGGAACAAAAUGUUACAAUAUUGAAAUCCAUGUCUUUUUACUAGGUGUAUAUUUCUAGUAACAAUUUCCUCACCACUUCAACACCAGCAAGGUUUGAGGCAUGUUUUUUGAAUGCUUAAAACAUACUCUUUCAAGGUGUGUGGUAUGGGGAGGGUGUGUGUGUGUGUGUAUUGCAGCUUGGGCUGUAAUUCAGUUUAUAGUUUUUAAUCAUUUUUCCAAAGUCCCUUUUUCAAACAUCCAAGUAUUAAAAUGAAAUUUGUUUAAAUUGUAGGUACAGCUUUCAGUUCGUUAAACAUCUGUGUGAAACCCUUUCAUGUUCUUUGAUUUACUUAAGAACAUAUAAAUUCUAAUUGUAAUGUAGUUUAUGUAUAUAAGAAUAUUCUGUGCACUGCCUUGGGUGUUUGUGGGGGAAAUCCAUUGUUUGUGAUUUCUUGUGGGUUUUUUUUUUUUUUAAUCAUUUAAAGCUUAACUCAAAGCAGUUUGCUGGCUUUAAAAGAUGCAAGACAUGUCUUUUCAAAAAAGACCUAAGCUAACCUGUAAGCCAAAAAGGCCCAGUAAGUGGGGCUCUAGUUUGUACAUUUAGUGCCUUUUUUGAUUAUGUAAAGCAGACCUUGCAAGCAUGUCAUCUAAAAUCUAUCAAUCUGGAGCAUUUGGAAGAUCGAAUGUAAUACCAAACAUUCGGUGGUUAAGCAUACGAUACUUUGCUGAAAGGAGCACUUUCAAAAAUGCUUUUUUUUGGGGGGGGGGGGGGGGGGGUAGAGGUUUAUAGAAUAUUAAUUUUAAUCAGUAUAUCUGGUUAAUACUGUAAAUAUUGUAUUCACUAUGUUAAAAGACUGAAACAUUCAACAAAUGUUCAUUUUAACUAACACAUUUUGAAUUUUCCUGACUUCCUUUUUGCUGAUGUUCAGUUAGUGCAUAUACAGUUAAUUUUCCUUUAAUUUAUUUUAUUUCAAACAUAGUCUACUGUGUAAUUGAAUUUUACUGCUCUAUCUAUGCAAAAUAUUUAAGGGAUUCUAAAAUGCCUUAAACUUUCACUUUACACUGUUUUUCCUUUGUACAAGCAGUGGUUCAGACUUAAAGUGGCUUCAGUAGAUUAAGAUUAGUUGCAUUAAUGUACACUGGCAUUAAAUGUGAAAGCAGGGUUUUACUUAUUUCGUCAAUGAACUCCCACCUAUCUGGACUGUAUGUAGACUGGUUAGUUUUAGAAUAAGUUUCCAUUAUAGCAUGGAUGGGAAAGGGAGUUCCACCCUUUUAUUUCUGGUAAGUAGUUCUUUUGAUAAUGGCUGUUUUUUGUGAACAGUUUCAUCAAAUAUUAAAUACGCUUGUGUUUCAAGUGUUGCAACCCCUAAAGAGUCUACCGUGUAAGAGGUAUGCAUAUUUCCACUUUAAUUUUUACUAUUUUGUAUCUUUCUGUUAUUGUAUUACUACAUCACCCCUAGUAUCACAGAGUGCAUGCAUAGAUACAACUGGACAAUCUUGUCUACUGUUUGUGGUCAUAAUGAGAUUUUGCUUUUGAGGGAUAUAUUUUUUUUUUUUUUUUUUUUAUUCAUUCUAGAGGCAAGUUUCGAAUUUCAGUAUUUAAUAUGUUGCAGUGUUGGUCAUACGUAAACUGGUACAAUAGUUACAAGUAUAUAACAAAUUGCAUAUUUUCAAUUUCUUCCAUUUAGAUUUUCUGAAAUUUGUUCAGAUGGAACCCAUACUGACUGACAUAAAAAAUAAAGUAGCUGACUAUGUGCAGCAGUAAUCAGUAAUGUGUUGUCUGUUCUGUAAGGUUUCUUGCCACCUCCAAGAACCCAUCAUAUUUCUUGAUCUACUGUCAAAACUGAUUGCCCUCAAAGUGUAUAUAAUUCUAAUAAAUGCAUUUU